UAAAAGUUCGUGUUGAAAUGGCGAAAAACCCAAAACAAAUUUACAUCAGAGCCCAAGCCCGUAUUAUCAGUGUCGUCCUUGCAAACGUUCAAACUCUCUUGCUCUGUCUCUGCAACUGCAAGAGAUGGAGAUGGAGGAAGCAGAGACGAUAGAUCUGUAUGAGCUUGAAUACCCAGACUUAUGUUCGCCUUCAUCUGCAUCCACAGUAGAUUCCAUAAUGGAAGCCCUUGGGCCUAGUGGGCCAGGCCUCCUCGCCGUCACCGGCGUCCCCAACGCAUCCAACCUCCGCUCUCACCUUCUCCCCCUCGCCCGGAGCCUCGCCCUUCUCCCCCGCGAAACCCGAAAACUCUUUCUCAAGGAGCAUAACUUAGGUGGUGACGUUCCUCUGAGAAAUCCUGAUAGGAGUGUGUCCUCCUUUGCCAUGCAACUGAAAUAUACCAAAUCUCCACUUGUUGAAAAAACAGUUAGAGAGUGCCGUGGUACUGAAUUCGAGAAUCUUGGAAGUUGUUUCCAAGAGCUAGGGUUUUGCAUGAUGGAGCUUGGGCUUUGCCUUGCUCGAAUAUGUGACAGGGCUAUUGGUGGCAAUGAGUUAGAGAUGAGUUUAUUGGAUUCAUGUGGGGCUAAAGGGAGACUCAUUCAUUAUCAUUCACAUCUUGAUGCUCUUCUCCUUAAACAACAUGAAAGGAGUAGAGCAACAAGUAAGGAACGUGCUGGUAAUGUGAAACCAUUGGAAGGGUCAGAGUUGAAUUCAAUUGCCCCUGAUGUGAAUCCAGGUGGAAUUCAUUCAAAUUUGUGGCAGCAGUGGCAUUAUGAUUACGGUAUAUUCACUGUUCUAACGACUCCAUUCUUUAUUCUACCAUCUUAUUCAGAGGCAAGCAAAAGGGAAAAUUCAUUUCCCUCAUCUUGUUUUGAUGAAUGUCAAUCGCCAACUGGGCAUACAUGCUUGCAGGUAUAUAAUCCUAAUAGGAAAAGGGCCAUCAUGGUGAAGGCCCCUCCGGAAAGUUUUAUCAUUCAAGUUGGGGAAGCUGCUGAUAUAAUCUCAAAGGGGAAGCUUCGUGCAACCCUGCACUCUGUUCAUAGACCUUCCGAGUUUGAAAAUUUGAGCAGAGAAACUUUUGUUGUAUUUCUGCAGCCUGCUUGGACUAAAACAUUCUCUAUCUCAGAUUAUCCUCUUGGAAAUUCCUCUUUCAAUGGGUUCCAUGGUCAGUGUUUAGUGGCUUCUGAUGAGGAGCAACGGCAGUCUGGACAGGAUAACGAUAAUCUAAGUCAAGAAAUUAACAAAAUAGUUCCCCCUCUUUCGUCACGGUUGAAGGAAGGGAUGACUUUUGCCGAGUUCUCACGUGAAACAACCAAGCAGUAUUAUGGUGGUAGUGGUUUGCAAUCAAAUAGGUGACCAGACUCGUUAGUCAUGUUUCAAAUUAUAUCCCCGUGUCAAAAAUAGAGACUGUUAAGCUAAACCUCACUGAUAAUGUGUUACUGUACCUUCUUUUUUAGAAAAAUCAUAUAUUUGCCAAAGAGAGAGACAGUGCAGGACUGCAUUUCAUUUGGUAGAAUGGUAAUACGUUUGGGGAGCUGCAUAACAGUGGAGAAAUAAGGCCUAGUAGUCUUGAGAAAAUGCCUUUUUGUUUUUGCAUUUUUUAUUUUUAAUUCUAUAAAUUAUAAUUCGUUACUUCUA